GCGCGCGCAUCUCCCGCUGUGUCCUACGGACACAGCUGUGCCCUGAUGAUCUGUGCCCAGCAGUGCCACCCACAAGUUCCGCCCAGCAGUGCGCCCACUAGCUCCGCCCACCCGUGCCCAGCAGUGCACCCACCUGUGCCCAGCAGUGCACCCACCUGUGCCACUCUGCAGUGCCACCUACCUGUGCCCAGAAGUGCCACCUACAUGUGCCCAGCAGUGCCACCCACCUGUGCCCACCAGUGCCACCCACCUGUGCAGCCCAGCAGUGCUGCCAGUCAGUGCCACCAGUCAGUGCCCAGGGGUUGUGCCAGUCAGUGC